UGGCGUGGAUCAAUGAAAUUGGGACAUCGAAAACAUCACCACUCUCCUCGCAUCUCUCGUCUUCUCUAUCUGUGUGUGUGGAUUUCAAGCUAAGCCAUUUCGAUUAUUUAGAUUCACUGGUUUUUUAUUUGACUAUUAUAGAGGUUGAAGCCUGGAUGAUUGUGGGCUAUAAGCAUGUCAACGAAUAAUUACCGAUUGGAACUUGGGAGGCCUGCCUCAGGUAGAAGAAGAUUGAAAGAUUUAUUGCUUCAGAACGAUAAUCGUUUUUGUGCUGAUUGUAAAGCUCCAGAUCCUAAAUGGGCAUCUGCCAACAUUGGAGUUUUUAUAUGCUUAAAAUGUUGUGGUGUGCACAGAAGCCUUGGUACUCAUAUAUCAAAGGUUUUGUCUGUGACAUUGGAUGAAUGGUCAGAUGAUGAAGUAGAUGCAAUGAUUGAAGUUGGGGGAAAUUCUUCGGCUAAUUCAAUUUAUGAGGCUUAUAUUCCUGAAGGAUAUACAAAACCUGGGCCAGAUGCUGGUCAUGAGCAGCGUUCCAAGUUUAUACGGUCAAAGUAUGAGUUACAAGAAUUUUUGAAACCUAGUUUGCGCAUUGUAUCUGGAAAAAGCAGUAUAGAAUCAAGUUCUUCCAAAAGUUUUAUGGAUAGUUUUAAAAGUACUAGUUCACAGAGAAUGGAAGGUAUGGUAGAAUUUAUUGGAAUGUUGAAGGUGAAAGUGAUUAAAGGCACAAAUUUAGCUAUCAGAGAUAUAAAGUCAAGUGAUCCGUAUGUUGUUUUGAACCUUGGCCAUCAGACUGUCCAGACAACCAUAAUAAAGAGUAACUUGAAUCCAGUCUGGAAUGAGGAGCAUAUGCUGUCUGUUCCAGAGCAAUAUGGACCGCUGAAAGUGAAAGUAUUUGAUCAUGACACAUUUUCUGCUGAUGAUAUAAUGGGAGAAGCAGACAUUGAUCUUCAGUCCCUAAUAACAUCUGCUAUGGCAUUUGGAGAUGCUGGAAUGUUUGGCGAUAUGCAGAUAGGAAAAUGGUUGAAAUCUGAUGAUAAUGCACUUAUUGAAGAUAGCACAGUCAAUAUUGUUGAUGGUAAGGUUAAACAAAUGAUGUCACUCAAGCUCCAGAAUGUUGAAUCUGGAGAAUUAGAUUUAGAACUCGAGUGGAUUCCUCUUGAUCAAUAGCUACACUCAACUGCUGUUAGCCUAUCCAUUCUCUUGAAGAAAUCUCUGUAAUAUUUUACUCUUCUGCUUUUGGCUCAUCAUCCUAGAGGAACAAAAUAAAUCUGUCUGUCUUUUUGUCCAUGUAAUUUUUUUCUGUUAAAUUGUUUGACCAAACAUUCAGUAAAUUUUAUUCGCAGAAAAGAAUGAGAG